AUGAUUAUAUUCAGCAAGAAUGACAAGCUCCUCUCUCAGGGCUAUCAUCUCUCCGGAAUAGGCUACACGCCUGGUGCCCGCACCUUGAAGGGGAAACAUAUUCUCAGUCUUCGAGAUCCAGCUUCUGCGUGUAUCGGGUUUACCAAGGAAAAUUCGGAUGCCUUGAAGGUGACCCCGAUGCCACAUCCAUUCACUCCUCGUGAUUCUGAUGAUGAUAAUUCUUCCCUUGAAGGAUAUCCCCUCCAUUCUCGAUGCUGGGAUCUCAUUCAACAUAACAUUGGGCCUGUGACUGGUUUUAAACUGGAUCUACUUGUUGCAGCAUUACGGAAACAGUGGGAUGGAUGA